GGUGUGUCUGUGGGGACUGACACCGGCGAACUUUCGCUGGUCGACGUACGGUUCAUCAAGGAUAGCUCGAUGAAGAAGGAGGUGCACCAGCUUAAGCUACCUGCAGAUGUUAAAUCGGUUGGUGCGAUCCGCAUAUGCCCUCAUAACCCAGACAUGUUUGCAUGCACUGCCGAUAACUAUGUGUGCAUAUAUGACGUUGCGGGAAAAACGGGUGGCUCUCCGCAUAUUUGCACAUGAAGCCCACCACUCGCCUGUGGUCGACUUUGACUGGAAUCCAUGUGACAAGUACCAGUACACGAUUGGGUCGCUCGAGGCAGGCAUUGAAUCAGGUCAAGGUGAGCUACAUGUAUGGCGGCCUAGCACCAUAGCACUGUUCGGUGUCUGAAAAUACUCAUUUUUAUCGUUGGCACAAUGAUAUCAUAAAC